UGCUGGAAUCAUAUAUAUUUAAGCUGUGGAAUAUUUUGCUGCUUCUCAGUCAACGCCAAUCGCUUUGGCCAUAAACAGCUCAGACUCAGCCAUGCAACCCAGCAUAUUAUUUGCGGUCUUGUUCAUUGCGCUAAGCAAUUGCAUUGUAGAUCACGUACUUUGCACAGAUGCGGCAGCCAACGGCCGCCAGCGGUCCACACUUGGCAACCACGAAGGCAGCAUCUUUCACAGAGUGACACGCCAGUCUCAGGCAACCAGCGAGGCGGAGCAGCUGGAUAGAUGUUUUAACCAUGGAGGGUUCACACAUGGACGUUUGCUGUUUAUCUGGUACGACGAAGAUGGAGCGAUAGAUCCGGUGAAGCACUUGAGAAAGAUCCUCGUCGAUGAUCUAGAUCUGUCCAAGCUAGUUUUCUCCAUAGAGCGCGUUCGGGUGCAUGGAAACCAAAUGCUUUUCGAUAUGUCGAGCAGCUUGAACGCGAAUCGGGUAUUUCGUAAUUAUUGUAAUCUUUUCGCAAGAAUUUCUGAAUAUCGCUCGCAAGGCUACGAUGAUCCAGCCUUGACCUACAAAAUUGUUAAAACGGAUGAGCAAUUUUUACGCUAGCCAAUUCGUAAACUCAGGUAUUAGAAAAGUAUUUAAAAUGUAUUUUGGCAAUUGAUAAGCUUAAGUGUAUAAUUGUAAAUUUUUAAGUAUUAAAUUUUAUUUAUAAAAAUAAUAAGCUUUUAUUACGCUGUGAAAAGGGUAUUGUACAGUCCGCAUCACCCAAUCGCAAGUACAUAAUUGAAAUAUAUUCAAUGUUUAAUAUGAAUUGUGUGAGUCUUAAGCUAUUAUAGUGAAAUUUGA